AUGAAGUACUUGGUGUUGAUUAGUGUUAUAUUCUUGUUGUCCGACGUGAGGACCGAGACUCCUCAAAGCGGGGCCGGCGGCCUGCAAAUUCUGACGAAAGUUUUCCGGCAAUACCUAAAGUCGCAACCGGACGCCCUCAAGCUGGGCGAUGGCGUUUACAUCGUUAAUACGAGGAGUGAAAACGACGCCCGGGCCAACGUCGACGACGGCUCCAUCCUGGGCGUCGUCGAGAAUUACCUAGGCAAUCACGAGCUCAGGAUCCGGCUGCCGGAACUGAUGCCCGGCGAAGGAUUCGGUAGGGCAUUCAAAACGGCCAUGGACGAAAUGGAUACUAAGCAAGAUGAAAGCUCGGCCAGAGGCGGCGGCGGAGGAGGCGGCGGCGGAGGCAAAGGAGGCGGCGGUGGCGGUGGUAUGGGAGGCGUUAUGGUGAUGGGGAUGAUGAUGGGUAAAUUAUUGGCGGCCCUCGGAAUCGGAGGUGUGGGUCUCCUCGCCAUGAAGGCCCUUAUGGUGUCUGCGUUAGCUCUGAUGCUUUCCAUUAUCAUCGGUUUGAAGAAGCUAGUCCAUUCCGACCACGAUGAGGGUCACACCGUGAUACAUGCAGGGCACGGACAUGAGUACAGGAAGAAGAGAGAGGCGGCCGAAAUGGCGUACAAAGGUUGGCCCGAAUACAAGAAAACUCAGUAA